GUAUUUGCAUAUGAAAAUUAACUUCUUUGCAGCUGACUGCUACCUUCCACUGUACUUACACCAUGUAGAAAUCUGUACAAAUACCUUGAGAACAGAUAAGUUGAAGACUGAUUCAAGUGUUGUUACUGUUUUAUUUCAGCAUCAUGGGUGAACCACAGCAGGUUAGUGCCCUUCCCCCUCCGCCUAUGCAGUACAUCAAAGAGUACACCGAUGAAAACAUUCGCAAGGGUCUGGCCCCCAAACCACCUCCACCCAUCAGGGACAGCUACAUGAUGUUUGGGAACCAGUUCCAGUGUGAUGACCUUAUCAUUCGUCCUUUGGAGAGCCAAGGCAUCGAGAGGCUUCAUCCUAUGCAGUUUGACCACAAACGUGAGCUUAAGAAGCUCAACAUGUCCAUUCUCGUGAACUUUCUAGAUCUGCUGGACAUCCUCAUCAAGAGCCCUGGAAAUAUAAAGCGUGAGGAGAAGCUGGAGGACUUAAAGCUUCUGUUUGUUCAUAUGCACCACCUUAUAAAUGAGUACAGGCCGCACCAAGCCAGGGAGACGCUGAGGGUAAUGAUGGAGGUGCAGAAGAGACAGAGGCUGGAGACAGCUGAGAGGUUCCAGAAACACCUAGAGAGGGUGGUGGAGAUGAUCCAAGGCUGCCUUGCUUCUCUACCUGAUGUCAUCCCACAGAUGCAGAGGCAGGAUGGUGCUGGUGAUGGGUCACAAAGUGUCGCUGCAGCCAAUGGCAUUGGUCCUCCUACUGGACAGGGCCUGAGACUGACAACUGAACCGAUGGACAUGCAGGAAGCUGGUGUCAGCUGUAUGACAGUAGGUCUCCAGGACAAGAGCGAGUCUGUCUUAAAGAAAGAUAAAAUGUGGGACAAAGAUGCAGCCAUGUGCAGCAUUAUUGAUGAAAUUGCUUGAAUCAUGCUUUUUUUUUUUUUCUAUUUUUGUUUUUUCUCAAUUUACUUAAUGGCAUAAACAUUAUCACGAAGCUUUGUCUGAAUCUGUUUUGAAACAUUGAAGGUCUGAAGCAGAUUAUGGAUAAAUGAAAACUGGAGUUAUGGGUCAUCUGUGAUGCUGACAGGCUGAUUAUUAUUAAUGUUUUACUGUUCAGUUUAAGAGAAUAUGCUGCACUGUAUUUAUAAUGAGGUCAUUUACAUCAGGAAGAUAAAAGAAGUAAAGCAGCAUUGGUGAGACAAAUUUCAUUGUUCUGUAA